GUUCUAAUAAUAUAAACCCUACUAAAUUAAUAGUGCAAUUGGCUGAAUGUCUCUUGGCAAAAUCGUUUUUGUAUAAUAAAUACAUCAAUUAUAAAAUUCAAGAAUAGAUUAGUAGGUUGAAAAAUGCUAUGAUUGAUCUGCCACGAUCUCACGUCGUAAUUUUGCACCCUUAUUAUUUUUCACUCAGUACAUAGUGAUUUGAUUGAAAAUGAUAACACAGUUGCUUAUUAUAUAUCUUUUAAUUGAUCUAUUUACUUGACACUAUUUAAUUUACAUUAAAUUUGUUGAUUUAAUUAAAGAUAAAACGACAUUUUGUUGAUAUACCCACUUGGAUUUUGACAUUUAUUAUCGAUCCAUCUAAUGUGCCAGUUGGUGCUGUCGUAUUUUACUUCAAGUUAUUUAGUUUUGCUACUCUAUUAUAUUUCUACAAAAUUGAUAUACUUUAUUAAUGGAUCCAUGAUACAUGAAUUUAAUUGUACAGAUUGAUAACAAUGAAAAAGAAAGAUAUUAAACAAUACAAAUAUUGAGUACAUAUAUUUUUUUCAUUUAAACAGCUUUAAGAUCAAGUAAUUCUAAACAAUGGAUUGAUAAUGUUUUUUUACACAUCAUGAAUGGAUAAACAAGAAAGGGAUCCUUAGAGAAUAAUUCUUCAUCUAACGGUCUUUUUAUCCCCUCCAGAAUCAUUAAAAGGAUCGAGAAUGAUGAAACAAGUAUUUAAAUCAAAAUUUAUUUGACUGAAUGAAAAAGACAAUUAAUUAAAAUACGAAAAUGUCGACGGCAACUGACACAAUGGGAUCCAUCAAGGAUAUUCCACAAAGGAAAUUUAUAAAUCCAAAUCUAAUAUCUCUAAAGUGUUUAUUAUUUUUCUUUUUUGGUGGAAUGGGAUGUUUAUUUCCGUUUCUGCCACUCCACAUGUUAGCAGUGGGAUUGACGAUAGAAGAGGCACGAUUAGUAUCAAUAAUAUCGCCUAUAGUAGCAGUAAUAGGACCUCUAGUUGUAGCACCUCUAGCUGAUAAACUGGCCACUCAUCAAGGCUCGAAAUUAUCUAAUGGACGUUAUUUAAGAAUAAUGAUAGCUCUUGUAUGCUUCUUAUCAGCAGUUUUUUAUUCCUUACUUCUUCUUGUGCCAGUUGUAGAGAAAAUUGAACUUCCAAAAGAACGAAGACCUACUCUGAAAUUUUCUUGUAAUCGAGAAGGAGCUUCGGUACUUCAAGAACGAAUAAAUGAAUUCUCCACUUGUUAUAAUUGGACAAGUGAAAGUCGAAUAUGCGCAAUAUUGCUUAAAAAUUGUAAUUAUCAUUGUCAUCCUACUGUCCAAAGAUUCUAUCAACAAUCAUUUAAUACUAAAGAUGUACAUAAGAUCAAUACUGAUAUUGGAGUUCUUGGUAUGGACUCUGAAGGUAGUGGUGAUAUUACAGUGAAUCCUUUGGAAACGAGUUUGAGUAAUGAAGAAAUUGAAUGGCGAAUUAAAAGUCAAAAUAAUUUUAAACAUAAACGUUAUGUACUACCAGAUAGUGAACCACCACAUUUAUGUUUUAAUGAAGGUGAAAAUCGAGUUUGUCAUGUUUACACAAGUAAUUCGGGUAGUUUACCCGUCAACGUGAGCUUCAGGGAAGCCAAUAAUGCUCGAAAGAAACAUGAAUGGUGUACUUAUCCCAUUGUUGAAAAUUUUACUUGCAGAAUACCUGGAGAAUUGGAAACUACCAUGGCAAAAUUUAAUCAGAGCUGCGCUAUAGAAUGUGAUUUACUCGAUCCAUUCAUGCUUUCCGGUAGUUCUCAUACAGAAAAUCAAUGUAGUCAAGUUGCUGGUGAUCCAGACAUGACAUUUUGGAUGUACAUAACAAUACGUUCGAUAGCAGAUAUCUUUCCCACUGCAGCAGUGGCUCUGAUAGACGCUGCAAUAGUAAUAGCAACUAGAGAAACAUCUUGCGGACGAGGGGAUGUCGGUCGUCAAAUAGCAUUUGGGUCUCUUAGUUUCGCAAUCUUUGGUCCACUUGUUGGUUACUUAAACACAAUUAUGCCUCCAAAACCAGCAUACUUUUUACCAAUAGUGUUUUAUGUUGGUUUAAUGAUUUUUGCGUCAAUUAUUGCUCUUGCUGCUACGGGAAUGCCAUUGAGUCCACCUGAAUGGUGGUGGCAUACAAGGUCAGGAAUGCUGGCAGUUCCAAUGAGUGCAGUAAAACGAUAUGGAAGUGAAACAGCUGCGCUUGUAUUAGUCCUCCUUGUCCUUGGAAUAUUCUGGAGUGCAAUGGAUAGCUAUUUAUCGUUGUACUUAUCAGAUCUAGCUGGAAAUUCUCUGGCGAUUGGAGUAAUUCUUACUGUCGGCGCUUUGCCAGCUAUCUUCUUUUUAUGGAGAUCAGAACAUCUCGUUGAUUUUUGCGGACAUAGCAAUUUACUUAUCGUUGCUUUCACUACAUAUAUCGUUAGAUUCGUUGGCCUUGGAAUAGUAUCGGAUCCAUGGUGGGCAUUAAUUUCAGAAGCUCUAGAACUUUUUACUUUAGGCAUCAUGUGGAUCACAGCUAUUCUUUACAUGAGACAUCUUCUACCUCGUCAUUUGACAGUAACUGCUCAAGCAUUACCAGUUAUAGCCCAUUUCUGUAUUGGGCGAUGUUUAGGAGCAGUUGUAGGUGCCUACGUUCAUAAUGGAAACAAUGAUGUAAAUUCUCUUAAAUUUGUCUAUCAAUGUAUGGCAGUAGCUGCUGCAAUUGUUGCAACUCUUUAUUUUCUUAUCUAUCAUGGCCUUCUUAAACCUAGAUGCCACGCCCAAACAAUACAAAAUACAAAAAUGACACCGUCUAUCGUUCAAGGUAUAAAUGGAAAUGGUAAUUAUACACCAUUGAGAGUUUAUCAUAAUGAAAUGGGUAGAAAAGGACAGUUUAGAUAUUAAAGAUGAUUAAAUCAAGGAUCUUUUACAUUACCUAGUAAAUAUCCUUUUUAAAAAUUAUUUGUGAUCGAAUUAAUUUUACGUAAAACGUUAUUCAAUGAAUUCAACAACAAAUUGACCCAAGAUUAUCAAUUAAACCAUUAAAAAGGUCACAAAUAAUUCAAAGACUAUGUAAAUUUAUGUUAAAAAUUUUACAAUAUUUAAUUUUUUCUAAUUAUUUUUAUGUAUUUGCGCAUAUUUGAAAAUACAUUAUUUUUUAUACUUUAUGAAAUAAUCAUAAAAUUUGCAUAAAAUUUUAAUGAUAAUUAUUUACACAAAUUCUUUAUGUCUUUUACAAUAGGAAUUAAAGAACUAAUGCA